CUCCAGCCUUGGGUUGCUCGGUUUCCUGCCACUCCUCCAUCAGCCUAGCCAAUCUCGCGCCAUGGUGGAACGCAACUUGGAUAUGCGGUUGGAUAUCCGGCGAGUGGAGUUCAAUAUCAAGUUCAUGCGGCAGCAGCAGACCCCAGGCUAUGUGAUGCUGGAGGAAUUCGUGGAUCCGCCUCAAGCGCCCUCCUCUACGCAUGAAGCAGAAGACCGUGCAGCUCACAGUAGUAGGUUCAAGGCCUGGCUGUGGCCCUUCGCUCGCGAACGGAGGGGCGGAUCGCUGGAGGAUCCCUGGAGUCGGGGCGACUGCCGCUGGAUGCCGGAUGAGAAAUGUUCCAAGUGCUUCGCCUGCGGCGAGACCUUCAAUACGUGGACCCGGCGCCGACACCACUGCCGGCUCUGUGGCCAGAUCUUCUGUCACCAGUGCUGUUCCAAUUGGGUGGACGGCCUUGUGGUGGGCCGCAGCAACGAGAAGAAGAGCCGCUUGUGCGAGGCCUGCACCGAGUUCGUGGACGAUCGCCUCAUCGACCGAUCCACGAUCGGGCGGAGCAUGGACCGCUGGAAAGAGGAGAAUGCAGAGGCGGCACAGGACGAUGAGGAAAACGAGGAGGAGGAUGUGCCAUCGGAGGAGGAGAACGAACGAGGAGAUGCAAACCUUCCAGGUGUUGAUCAGACCAAGGAAUACCUGGAGCAUUUCUAUCAGCAGGAUCCGUUGGAAGGUCUGAAGGAGGGCGAGGCUCAUCGUCAAGAGUGGCAUCAGAUGGCCGAAGCCUCCUUCCGGCGUUUCGUGGCCUCGGUGCACGCCUACUGCGUCCAGGUUGGAAAUGGACUGGAGGAGCAGGAUGUGAUUUUCACCAUUUGCAAGCUGGCUCAACAGGUGGUGAAGCAGAUGGAUUUCAAGCUGGAGGACUGCAUGGACAUCUUAAAGUACGUGAAGGUCAAGCGAGUGCCGGGCGAACACUUUGGAGCCUCCAAGUGCUACGAUGGGGUCGUCUUCACCAGCGACGUGGUCCACCGGAAGAUGGACACAGACAUUAGCGAUUGCCCCUUGACCUUGAUCCAGAUGCCCUUGACUUUCGACAAAUACAAUGUGCGGACCGACCUCGAUGUCCUCAGAGACCAGGAGCAGAUUUACUUGGAUCUCAAGGUGGAGAAAAUCUACCGAGAUGUUUUGCCCGAACCUCCCAAGCUGCUGCUUUGCCAGGGCGUCGUCUCGCAAUUUGCCCAGGAACGCCUGGCUAGCCGGCGCAUCUCGGUCAUCAUCGGUGUGCCUGAACACAUCCUGCAAGCCAUCAGCCGCUGCACAGGCAGCAAGGUGACCCCUGCGGUGGAUUCCAUCCGGAAGACGGGCUCGGAAGGCAUCGGCGGCAGGGCGCAGAAGUUCAAGGUGCUCCGCAACGGCCAUGUGGGCGAGGCGACCUACAAGGCUCUCACGGUCAUUGAGGGCUCCACUCAGGGCAAGUUCAGCACUGUUUGCCUCCGUGGAGAGCAGGCCGUAUUGGCCAAGCCAGUGUUACGCUGGGCGGUGCGCUUGGCUCGGCACCUGCAACUGGAAAGCGAGCUCCUCUUUGAGCUUUGGUGUCCACCCUGGAAGCGCGAGUUGGAGAAACAUGGAGAGAAGGGCGACGACUUCCAAAGCUUGGAGAUCAUCACCUAUGCCAUCAACAAGGAUCAAAGCUGCAAGCCGCCGGAAGUCAAUCGUUUCCCUGCCUAUUUGACAGAGGGCGUGACCGAGGGCGUUGUGCGUGACUGCACGGUGAGGCAGUGGCUGGAGAGUUGUCUCCAGCGACUGCCCACCCCGAGCUCCCCCGUCGUGAGCGCCACGGCGGCGCUCUCCACGGAGGACGCCGUCUUGACCACGGUGCCGCUGACCGACAACUCUGGGACGGAGCCGGGGGAGGACCCGCCCCUGCCGGAGUGUGGCAAACUGCUUUGCUUCCAGCGGAAGGGCAACCGACUGGUCGUGGAGCUGAUGGAUUUGAGCGAGCAGAAUGACAGGGGGCGCUCGCGGUCCUUGGAUCCUGCUCCCGCCCCCCCCGAGAUGCGGACCUCCGAUAGUGGUGCUAUCACACGCUGGUCCUUGUUCUUAAAAGAGAAGAAAGAUGACAAGGAGAAGAAAGAUGACAAGGAGAAUAAGCAGCGCACUCUUGAGAUGUGGCGCUUCUGCCGCGUCUGCAAGAGGCAGGUGACGCCACGCAGUGCCUUGAGCGAGUCAGCUGGAUGGUAUUCGAUGGCCAAGUUCCUUGAGAUGCUACUGCACGGCUCAGCCAGCUGUUCGCCCCUAGCAACCACUGGAGAUGAAGGGCCGCCAUGCACGCAUUCGUUCAGAGAGCAACUCUUGCAGUGCUCCUGCCCAGAACGCCCUGGCUUGGUCGUGGUCUUCAAGUGGGAGCAGGUGCCCAUGUGGCGCCUAUGUUCACCACACCUGCCCUCCUGGGAUCCAAGCUCCGGGCUUAGUGUGGCCAGUGAGACCAAGAAAGCCGCGGAAAGGAUCUCCCUCUUCGACAACACCGAGCAGCUCAUCGAGCGCAUCGCCGAGUUCAUGCGGAGCGUGCUACUGUGCUUGUCCACGAUCGAGUCCGAGGACAACCGGGCAUCUGAGUCGCCCACGCUGCCGGCGCCCAAGAGCGAAAGCAGCCUGCGGGUCUUGCGGGCCGAGAACAGCCCGGACUCGAAGUCCGAGAAGGAAUUCAAGGAGAAAAAGGACACCAACGGCGAUGGUAUGGACCUGUUCCUUUUGAGGCAGUGGCUCUUUCAGAAUCGCACCGACUGGCAUCGGGUGAUGGUGAACCUCAAUGACUUUCACGGAGAUAUCUCGCUGCGCUUGCGGAGCGUGAAGGAGUCCUUGGGAGUGUCGAGCUUCCACAACAUGAACUCGCAGGUCGUAGAGAACUUGUCCACGGACCCUUUGCUGGUGAGCACCUUGCGGCGCGAGGUCAUGGACGCCUUCCGGGAGGGGAAGAUCUCGCGGGUCAUCCUGCAGGACUUGGUGGAUCUUCAGAAGAAGCUUCGGGAGAAUGAGGACAAGAGCAAGGGCAGCAGCUUCCAAAUGCCUUUACCUGCCACCUUUUCCAGCCUGCUUUCGAGCGCCAAAGAGACCUUGAAUCGGAUCUGGACCCCGGAAGACGCUGCCAAGCAGGGCGUCACGGAGCUCGAUGCUUUGGGCUCACAGACGGUGGAGCAGACCUUGCCGCAGAGGAGCUGGAUGGUGGACCUGGACCUCGCCCAAGAGGCCCAGAAGGAGUUCCGCGGCCGCCGGGAGUUCCGCGAGGCGCUGCCCAGGCACUUGGACCAAGUCCUCACCGCUUUCCAAGACGCGGUCGAGGAGAGCAACAACAUCAAUGCAGGCGAGUGCUGCUUGCACGGGAUCUGUUUGCCGGUGAACUUCGAGGACGUGGGGUCCCUCAUCAGCUAUGCUUUGCUGAGCGACAAGGCCAAGGAACAGAUGGCCAGCCAGUGGAACACGCUGGGAGGGAGGUCGUGCUGUCCGCUUGAGAUCCAAGAUGCAUGUUUCCGGUCGCUGCCCAAAUGCCUUCAGCGGCCUUCGACGCGAUCCGAAUGGGAGGGCACCUGGAAGCCGGUGCUCGAGGAGAGCGAGGUGCGAUCGAAGUUGGGAUGGGCGAUGGCUGGGAGAGAAGAGGGUUUUGAAAGGCGAUGAAGGCCGCAUGGGCAUUGAAGUGGGCGUUGAUUAAAGCACGGUGAAGGCUGCGCAAUUGUGAAGUAAGUGUACGUAAGUGUUGCAUUUUGUGCAGUUCGCUUGCGUGAAGCCCGUAUUGAGGAUUUGAUCCAGCGCUUCGAGAGUUGUCAUUCUGUCCAUUUGUCAUCAGAUCUUAGCUGACUUUGUUUCAGGUCUGGGAUGAGCACGAGUUGCAGCGCGUUUCAGAGGAGGGGGAAACUCAUCCCAUCAUAGGGCGAAGCCAGGCUUCGCCUGCCCACCUGAUGUGAUGUGAAUGGCAUCCAGGAAUCCCAAAGAUCCUAAUGUCGUACACCCCGAAGACAUCCCAUGGACGAUAAACACCUCCUGUCGGUAAAAGGGUAUUCAUACAGUUGGUCAAAGGUGCGUGUAAGGGGUUUCUACCAAAUAUAAAGCAACCUUUUGGAUGCUGUCCAAUCCGUCCGCGAAAGAUCCGCGAUGAAGCGAUUAGGUUUGCGAAAGUAGUUUUGUUGCUUUUUUGUUCAAGCGAUUUAUAUAAUAUCAAUUGUCUUCAUUUUCAUGUAGACAUGGAAGGCAAUCCUCUGGCUGAGGCAACGCUCCGCAGCUCUGACAGAUUGUGUAGAUGUUUGCGCAUGAUGCCGCAAAGUUCUGCGAAGGUGCCGGUUUCAUAGGGCAUAGGCUUCUUCAAUGCAUCUUGCCUUGCCAUAGCAAAGCUCAUCAGUGAGCACCUUGUUGACUUGUUGAGCGCUUCAGAGCAGAAGGAGAGGGUCUCCCCUCCACAAGGCCCUCAUGGCUGUGAUUUCCGGUGCGGUAGACACGUGUAUGUAGACACGGCGGCCGGGCCGCAACUGUUGGUCGAAGAUCUUGACAUCUGCCCAUUGCUCGGAAUAUGGCAUUUGACGAUGCAGUGGCCCUGGGGCCCAUGCUGGCAGUUGUCUGGUGACUUGGUCUCUUUGCGCGAUAGUGAUACAUUUGUCCAUUUGUUGUCGAUGACCUUUGGAGUGAGAGCUUUUUCAGCUUGGCGGUGUGUGUCGCCGGUGUCGUGGUAUCCGUUUUGCCCGGUUUGCUACAGCUCGCGGGUGGUGAGGUCAUGCCAACGCUGAAAAGAUGUUGUUUGAGCUCGCUAGGACUGCGUCAGCUGCAGCUCUUUUUGGAAGGUGUUCUUCGACCAAUAGCCUGAGCAUUUUUUGUCUAUAUAGUGACUUAGUUCUUGUAUUCGUAAGUUAAUGUAGCUAAGUUCACCAAAAUUUGCAAAGCCAUCAAAAACAGUGUAGAAACAGUUAGGCGCCACAAUGUCAGACACAGUCGCUCCCAGUCAAGUUGCCCACAGAUCCUUUUCAAGUAUUGGUACCUCUCAAGUAACUCAAGUACUUCGGGCACAGUUUGAAACAUUAUGGCUUCCACCAAGUACUUGAGCCAGGAUUUUGUAACUCAAGAGACUCACAGGAGUCUGUGAGAAGUCCUUCACAGAUACGGCGCGCACGUAUUUUGUUCUCACAAGUGCCCCAUCAGUACUCGACAAAGGGCUUCAAAUACCUCUAGCGCAUCCUAAAAUGCUGCGACUGUUUCCAAAGAACUUCAAGCGGUAGUGAUAGCCAAACCUAUGUCCCUCACCCAUGCUUCUAACCAAACAUAAGAUGUGGUGUGUGUAUGUGUACAUUGAUUCCGUGAACUGUGCUCUCAGUCUUUCAGUGCCAUCUUAAGAAGACUCAAGGUAAGACUCUUGAGAAACAUGUUCAGCUUGGAGCUCUGCUUGAGGAAACUCACCCUUGAGGUCUACUCUACAUGUGCGUCUGUUUGUUCUUGAGCUUUAUUUGAGAAACUUGAUGCUUGAGAUCCACAUGUGCCGCCGUGUACUUGAGCUUUACUUCAGAAACCUGGCGCUUGAGCUCCACAGUACAUGUGAGUUUGAGAGCGUGGUAUGUGCCUGGGAGACUUUCAGAUUGAACUUUACUUGCGUACUGUCAUGGAAGACGUGCGUCCAUAGGGCUUGUCAUUAGUUUUGCAAUUUGUUUGGGAAAGUUCAUAUGCAAUUAGUAUGCGGUUUGUAUGCAGUUCAUAUGCAGUUUUUAAGAAUAUGUGUUCUUCGCAGUAAAAUACAUGUGUUUAACAAGAGAUGAGCUCUUACAAGAUAGGAUGCCUAGGGGUCUUACUAGAAGAGCCAAUUUUCAUAAUGUUUUUUGUUGUACCCAUGGCUGAUGAGGCCAGGUCAGCAGUGUUCCAGGUGGCGCUGAUUAGGCUGAGCCUGAACUUCCAGAAGGCGAUGUCAUCAUGAAGCAGCCAUAGGGCAAAACCAAAGGGCAAAGCAAAGUGUGUUCCCAACGCCAAUGGGUGAACAUUUUUCUUUACGCGAGGAUUGGG